GCAUAUAAAAUUAUAUGUUCUUUAAUAACAUGAAACUGUAUGUUAAUGCCGCCGUCAUUAUGUUGCAAUUAUUUUUUUCUCAGAUUCUGAUAAGAAUGAGGCAAGAGGUUUCUGUGAGAGUCUCUACCUAUAUAUAGCACAUAUAAAAUGAGCUUCACGGAAGAUUACGAGCUGGUUUAUCUUUAUCCGGAAGUUCUAAAAAGCGCUCCGUGCAUAUGGUCAAUAGACAUGGGCUGCGUCCGAAAUCGCAUACUACUUGUGUAGGUACUGCAUUUGAAUUCGAACGUACUACUCGACCGUUAAAAAAGUACGUUCUAUAUAGUAUGAAUGAGGGUAGUAUGAAUGGAAUUCGGACGUACUACAUCCGCCAUGUUGAUGUUGUCACGUGUCAUGCGUCUUCACAACAGCGCGAAAAUUUAAAGAGCCCACUUCACUGCGCAAACAUCGUUAAUGAUUUAAAUUCGUACCGCUCAACAAACCGUCUAUUUAAAGAAAGCAGCGUUAACAAGCUGAUGUACUACAUUGAGGUUAACUUAACUCCAUCUGAUCGGUAAUGAUUAGAUAUCUUUUUACACCUAAUUCACACAAUCGUUUCAUCUGUUUGUUAAACCCUCAACAAGUCAGCCGUUUACUUGGAUGAUGUUAAACAAGUACAAGUUAACCACAAUGAACAUUAACAAUGUUUUUCCCUGAGGUACUUUACACUUGAAGACAUUCCGCCAUUUUUCGAAUAUGACAACGCCUCUCCCGCGGCCUUAUGGGAUAGUAAAGUGUCCAUCGUAUGCCUACUACAGAACUCGGAAGGAAGUAGUAGGUCAUCCGGGUACUUCUCGCCUACUAUUUUUCGAAUACUAUAAAUUCGGACAUACUACUCGCCUCGCAUACUGUUUUUCGCAUACUAUAUAGUAGGGAAGUAUGCGAUUUCGGACGCACCCUCGAUGCACGACUACUUCCGCGUUUUGUGUCAGUUGCUCCGCAACUUCCGGUGCUGCAGCGGAAGCAGUUUUUCCCUACCGUUUCAAUGAGCGCUCUCAGCAUGGCAUUUUACACUCGCUGCUUGCAAGAACUUCCACGGAUUACAGUGAACGAUGUAAAUCGAAUUGUAAGAUUAGCAUCGGUCACUCCAAGUAAAAAGGAGAAGGGCUUCAAACUGUAUAUUUCGACCUAUAUCGACAACUUUGAAGGUACGUAUUCUCAAGCUAACAAGCUAACGUUAGCUAGCUUCGUUUGUGACAGUGCAUACUCUUGUUUACUUAACCUUUUUAAGAUCUUCUGUUUUUAUAAUUUCGCUAAUGAUAUUAUGUUAAUACGAUCUGUAUGACCCUUUAAAGCUAUGUAAUUUUUUUCAGUCUCUGAAAAGGAUCAGGUGACAGGAGAGAUCAGCGUGAGGGCGACUUGUUUCAGAUCUAUGAGGAAGACAGAGAAGCCACAUAGUUUGAGAAUUACAUUAAAGGACUCCAAACCUGUCAUACUGUCCCAGUGUAGCUGUUCCUGUGUUGCUGGCACAGCACUGUGCAACCAUAUUGUUGCACUAUUGUACCAGACUGCACAUUACUCUCAGCUUGGCAUCAGUGCAGUUCCUCCAGUUCGCAGCUGUACUGAAACUGAGCAGAGCUGGCACAAACCACGAACAAUGGGAGUCCGGCCAGGUCCUGUCAGUGGGAUGGUGGUUAUAUCUGCACGACCUAAAGAAAGGAAACUCGCAGAUGGCUUAAGGAGUACCUUGUAUAAAGGUGUUUCCAGCGACUUGCCUGACCUCUCAGUCCUGCAAGUGGCAGAGGUGUAUAAGGACUUUACCAGCACUACAGCCCCUUUAGUCACCACAAUGGGGAUGUCCAGUGAUGAUUGGAUGGUGGAUUCUGCUUUCGGUAAAGUUCAGGCUGGGAGUGUUCUGUCAUACCAACAGCCAGCAGCAACAACACGCAACGUUACUCCCCAUCAAGAUGCCCCACCACGACCACCUCUGCCUCUAGAUGGUUACAACCUUGACCCAUCUGUGUGCUUAUUUGUACAUAGCAAACAUGAACUACUGCACAUGAAGUCACUGGCAGUAACUCUGGAAACGGCACACAAGAUUCAGGAUGCCACCAAAGACCAGAGUGCUUCAAUGGAUUGGCACUCCGUUAGAAAGCCACGAGUAACAUCGUCCCGAUUUAGAGAGGUUUGCCAUGUAAGGGGGCAGAGCUCUGCUGAACACUUGGCUGAAAGAAUCCACAAGGGAACUCGCCAGACAGCAGACAUGAAGAGAGGCCUCGAACUGGAAUCUGCAGCGGUGGAGGAAUACUGUCUUUUGCGUGGAGUGAACUUCUACCCUUGUGGAUUCUUAAUUCACCCAGAUGCACCUUGGCUUGGCUCCUCUCCUGAUGGUAUCGUUUACGACCCCACAGAGCACCAGGUUUUUGGCAUUUUGGAGAUAAAGUGCCCAAAUCUAAAGAGUUAUGUUGACUGCCCUUACCUGAAGCUGCAGAAUGGCACACCAGAGCUAAAACAACAGCAUGCUUAUUACUGGCAAGUGCAAGGUCAGAUGCUGAUCUCGGGAUUGGACUGGUGUGAUUUUGUUGUGUACGCACAGGAUGACAUGAUGAUCCAGCGCAUCUACAAAGACUGUAGAAUGUUUAAAACUAUUAGAGAGAGGGCUGACCAUUUCUUUUUUUAUUUCUACCUGCCAAGAUCCUUAAAAAUGUAAAAGAAAAAAAAAAGAAAUUCAAGUUGAUUUACAUUGUAAAAAAGUUAUUUAUUUACAAAUUUUCAGAAACACUGCAUCAAAGUUAUUUAUAUGUUUACAGAAACACUAUCAGUUAUUUAUAUGUACAUUAGGCUUGGGCGGUAAUACGGUAAUAUGGUAUACCGCGGGAUCUAAAAAUAGCAACGGUAUCAGUUUCAAUACCGUUAUACCGUCAUAAAAAACAAUGCACUUAUAUAGGAGACGAGGAUAUAUAUUAAAUAUAAUUUAUUUAAUGCCUAAAAAUGCGUAUGCUUGGUUGUCAUCACAUGACAGCGUGGAGGAGAAAGAGAGGGGGGGAAAGAUGGCGAGUCGCGCACCAAGUGACCUGGUCUCGAAAAAGAACACAACUUCUGCAGUUUGGCAGUAUUUCGGGUUUCGACCGAACGAGAAGGGAGAGGCGGUAAAUACGGACGAGGCAAUUUGCAAAUUGUGCAACAAAAAGGUGACCGCGAGAGAUGGAAAUACCUCGAACCUAAGGUCGCAUAUACGAAACCACCAUCCACUCACACUGCUGCGAGGAUGGACCCGAGUUCACUCAGUGCAACCAACAUGAUCUCACAGAAUUCCGUGUAAUGUUCACGGACAUAAUUAACCUCCGA